UAGGGAGGGUGUCCUUGCUGCUAACAGGGGUGUCCGCAAAGGAAGGUUCCACUGUAACAGCACCUUUAUCGGACUGUGACAUCUUUUCAUAUCUUUAUUUGACGUCACAUACAUGAACACAUGUGAUUCCUGCUUAAAAAUAUCGCCAUUCGAUUUAUGUGCAUACGUCGGAGGCCUCUUUGAUAUUAGCAAACGGUUUAAGAAUCCGUAUUGAGUCUUUUGCUGGAGAAUUUUCUGUCCGUCGAAAUGUGGCCUGAGAAAACUAGGAAUAACGCACUGGAGCCAUGAGGGUGCUGGAGUUCGUACCUGUAUCCCGGAAAGGCCUCGAAUUAUAGAUUCUUCAAUUCAAGGCUGGGAGGAACUGGCGAAGACACUGUGAUUUUGACUGCAUUUGUAUCUAAUCCGUAGAAAGAUCAGUUGACAUUGGAAUAAGUAAACAGCGAAAAGUCAAAUAUUUACAUGAGGGGGACAAUACGCCCCAUCUUCUUUAACUGAAAGGAAGCCAAUAUCAAAUCCAAUAUCAAGCCAACUUCAGCGAGCAGAGUCUUGGGUAUAUAACCACGCUGAACCAUGGCAAAUUUUUAUUACUCGGAUGGCAUGCCUGCAGGCAAUGCUUGGCAGCAACAGUCUGUGUACUACCAGCAACCCCGCCCCAGGCAACAACCACAGACAGCGGUCAUAAGGCAACCAGAGUAUUCACAAGGUUACUCAGCGGAUGAAGACUUCGCGGCCGCGGCAUCAAAAGGUCUUGGCGUCCUUCAAGUGGUGUGCGGAAUCCUUGGCAUCAUCUUAGGCAUCCUGAUGAUAAACUCGUGUGCAUACAGGGCAAAUGAUGCCAUCGGGAUCUGGUGCGGUGUCUUCAUUAUGAUAUCGGGUGCCAUCUCUAUCGCAGCCGCUCAUCAGAGAUCCCGGGAACUGAUCAUUGUUUCACUCAUCUUUUCUAUUUUGCUAAGUAUCUUGUUCUCCUUCGCCAUGUUCCUGGCAGCCGCGGUCGCCUUGGGAAAGGAUGACGGAGUAAAAACUUAUGUCUACGCUUGGUUCGCCUGUUCUGUUCCGAAUUCUACCAGCAUCGUCUGGGAUACCAUCCUGAUGAUCGUUGGUCUUCUGUCCUGGGUCUGUGCAUUUGCCCAGUGCAUCAUCUGCUGUAAAUCGAAGGCGGUAUGUGGUGGGCAUUCUAAUAAUGUUGGCGCAGUUGUGACUUACGUUAACCAGCCACAAGUAUAUGGCAACUGUGGCUAUAAUAUGGGUCCACCGCCGUUCCAUCAUCAUCCACAGCCACCAGAAUAUUCCCAGCACUUUUCGGCAGCACCGCCCCCCGCCUAUAGGCCUCCAACGGCUUGGUCCGAACCUCCGCAUGGAGAGAGGACAGCACCUCCAGCUCCAACGCCGCAAGCACCGGCGACAGCACCUACAAACGAACCGCCUCCACCUUACUAAAGGAUGUUGGUGGUGGCUUAACCAUCUCGGAGAAUCGUUUUAAAAUCGGUUUAAUGAAUUGUCAAUGUAUAAGGUAAAUGUGUACAAUUAUAGCCCCUACACUGUAAGAAACAACUACGCAAUUGCACAUAGGGGCUAUACAAUGUACAUGUAAUUGUAUCAGGACUAUAAUUGUACCACAUUACCAUAUACAUGUUUUGUGUCCCGGUAUAUGUAGCCUUAAAGGGAAACCUUUACCUAGCCGGGAGGAUCAUGCGCCGCCGCCAUCACACUGAUCUCUGUGAAAGAUUUUCGCCAGUGUUCUCUGAACUAAAGAAGCGGACCUUUUAGAGGGGUCUCCGUGCCGUAAAGCUUGCCUAAUUAUAAUUUUUCUUAUUUGAUGAAACAUGCUCUAGUGUUACAUGUAAAUAGUAUUGCCCCUGUGAUAAUGUGUGGCUAAUAAACGUCACUUCAUGAAUCUCAUUUAAA